AUGGGCUCUCCAAUAGAAACCCACUCAAGAAUUUUUGAUCUUGAUGGUGAUAAAAAAGAAGAAGAAGAAGAGAGUUUCUCCUAUGCCAUGCAGCUCACGACCUCCAUUGUGCUGCCUAUGGCCUUGCAAUCGGCUAACGAGCUUGGUGUUUUUGAUAUCUUAGCCAAAGCUGGUCCAGAAGCCAAGCUCUCUCCCUCACAGAUUGUGGCUCAUCUCCCCACCAAGAACCCCGACGCAGCAACAAUGCUGGACCGCAUCCUUAGGAUGCUGGCAUGCCACUCUGUGCUCGGUUGCUCUGUGGUUGCUGAUGAUUUUGGGUCUUUCCAAAGGCUCUACAGUCUUUCUCCUGUGUCUAAACACUUUGUGCGUAAUGAAGAUGGUGUGUCGUUGGGUCCCCUAUUGGCCCUGUCUCAAGACGAGGUCUUCAUAAAAAGCUGGUCCCAAUUGAAAGGUGCAAUUCUUGAGGGAGGAAUUCCAUUCAACAGGGUAUAUGGCAUGCAUGCCUUCGAGUAUCCAGAUUUGGACCCUAGGUUCAAUGAAGCUUUUAACACAGCAAUGUUCAACCACACUACUAUUGUUAUGAAGAAGAUUCUUGAGUCUUACAAAGGCUUUGAGCAACUCACACAACUAGUUGAUAUUGGUGGAGGUCUAGGAGUUACUCUUAACUUAAUCAUUUCCAGAUACUCCAAUAUCAAAGGCAUUAAUUUUGAUUUACCACAUGUUAUACAACAUGCCCCAGCUUAUCCAGGUGUGGAACAUAUAGGAGGGAAUAUGUUCGAGAGCGUUCCUAAAGGGCAUGCUAUUUUUAUGAAGUGGAUACUUCAUGAUUGGAGUGAUGAAUACUGCUUGAAGCUGUUGAAAAAUUGCUACAAUGCUAUCCCAAAUGAUGGAAAGGUAAUUGUUGUGGAGGCAGUUCUUCCAACUGUGCCUGAGAAUAGCAGUUCUAUGAAGAGCACCACUCAUCUUGAUUUGAUUAUGAUGACCCAAAACCCCGGAGGAAAGGAAAGGACCCAGCAAGAAUUCAUGGCCUUGGCAACUAGGACUGGAUUUAGUGGCAUCAGAUUUGGCUGUUGUGUAUCUGAUAUUUGGGUUAUGGAGUUUUUUAAGUAGAU